AUUUUAAAAGAAUAGUAUUUUAAAUAAGAAUGUUAACAGUAAGGAAAACAUGUAAGAAAACAAAUUUCAUUAUUCGAAUACAUUUCGAGAUUCGAUAUCUCGUAGAGCGCCAUUUUGGAUCACGUGAUUUGAAUCGAAUGUCUUAUCGAAUGGCUUAGAUCGUCUUUGACUACGGUGUUAUCUGUUUGUCAGUGAUUCUAACCUACAAAUUAAUCAUGGCUGAUGCAGAUCAAGAUUUAGGAGAUCGUGGUGAUGGUGAUAACGUUAAAAACGACAAGUUAUUUACUUUGAAGAAAUGGAAUGCCGUGGCUAUGUGGAGUUGGGAUGUCGAAUGUGACACAUGUGCAAUUUGUCGAGUACAGGUUAUGGAUGCGUGCCUACGUUGUCAAGCAGAAAGUAAAAAGGACUUUUAUGGACGACAGGAUUGCGUUGUUGUAUGGGGCGAGUGUAAUCAUUCGUUUCAUUAUUGCUGCAUGUCCUUAUGGGUGAAACAGAACAAUCGUUGUCCAUUAUGCCAACAGGAAUGGUCCAUCCAGAGAAUGGGAAAGUAACAACAACGCGAAACCUUCUUCUUCUUCCUCUUCAUUUUUUUUAAAUGUUCGCGUUGCUCAAAUGUAACCAGUUAGAUUUCGCAAAAUAUCAGGUAAAAAAAGACAAUUUCCUUUCCUUGUGAACAUUUACGAAAUUUCCAAAAAAAACCAAACUUCUUUUCUUUUCUUUUAUCUAUAUCAUUUGAAUAAUUAAUUAAAACGCCAAUACGUCUUUCCAACGUUUUCCCUAUGAAGCGUAUGAAAAUUAUGUAUAAUAAACAAUAAGAAAAUAAAAAAUAUGUACUAUGCCAAGAGAAAUUGUUUUGAAAAAAUUGUAUAACGUCGGUGAGUUAUAACUCAUUUCUAUAGAAAAAAAUGCUACCUCGACAAAAGCACAAACAACUCGUGUGUGGAUUUUUUUUUCUUCAAACUUCGAGAAACUUCGACUGAUAUAUUUAAUUCAUCUAGAAUCCGAGAAAUGAUUAGCGCGAUUACAACAAAUCUUUAAUAAUAAAUCAAUAAUUAAUAAUCAAAAUAAUCAUUACUAAUCGUAUUAAUUUAUCAAUGACUUUCUUAUUCAAUUUGUCUCAAACUAAUAUAACUAAAGUUAAGAAUCAAUGAAAAAAAGAAAUUGAACUAAAGGGCGACUAAAGUCAUCGGUGCAAAUGGAAAAGGUUAAUUAUACUAUGAUACAAUGAAAUAUUUCAUUGAAAUUAUUUCCUUAUUAAAAAAAAAAAAAAAAAAAAAA